CGCCGGGAGCCGCCAUCUUGUGUGCCUGGGCGCAGAGCAGCCAGUGAGGCGGAGGGACGCGCGGAAGGCCAGGCCAGGAAGGAGAGCAGGCGGGGAGGGGGGGAAGACGACGCACGCCCGGCCGCACCGAGACGCCUCCCGAUUUUUUUGUCCAGCAAGUGAAUUCCGUAUUCAAGCAUGGGAAAUAUUUUUGCCAACCUCUUCAAAGGCCUUUUUGGCAAAAAAGAAAUGCGCAUACUUAUGGUUGGGCUGGAUGCUGCAGGAAAGACUACUAUUCUGUACAAACUGAAACUUGGUGAAAUAGUAACUACCAUCCCUACUAUAGGUUUCAACGUAGAAACAGUAGAAUACAAGAACAUUAGCUUCACAGUAUGGGAUGUAGGUGGCCAGGAUAAGAUCAGGCCACUCUGGCGUCAUUAUUUCCAGAAUACUCAAGGUUUGAUCUUUGUGGUUGAUAGUAAUGACAGAGAACGAGUCAAUGAGGCCCGAGAAGAACUUAUGAGAAUGUUGGCAGAAGAUGAGCUCAGAGAUGCUGUCCUUUUAGUGUUUGCUAACAAACAGGAUCUGCCGAAUGCGAUGAAUGCAGCAGAAAUCACAGACAAACUAGGACUGCAUUCUCUUCGCCACAGGAACUGGUACAUCCAGGCCACCUGUGCCACUAGCGGGGACGGUCUCUAUGAAGGACUGGACUGGUUGUCCAAUCAGCUCCGAAACCAGAAAUGAAGCCCUAAAAAUCUUCCUCUCUCCCCCCUCUUUUCCUCCCUUCCUUAUUUCCUUCUCCUCCUCUUCCUCCACCCUUCGCUUUACUCUAACGUGGCAAACCAUGCUACUUUGUGGUAUUGAGUGCCGGAAGCUGUUUUCAUUUCUGUUGUCACAGGAUGUCCUUCACCAUGCUGUCCAUGUGGCAAAUCCAAGCCUGAAAACAGUUAGGGUUCUUAUUUAAUGUAAAUAGUUCUCGUUUCCAGUGAGACAGUUUCUGGUACUCCUAUGCAAUAUUACUCAGCUUUUUUAUUGUAAAGAAAAUCAACUCGCUGUUUAGUACUGGGAAAGGGAUUUAAAGUGGACUUAGAGAAGGGUUGCCAGUUGUACGCUAGAGCUGAAUACGAUCCCUCGUGGCUGGUGAGGUCUGUGGAGAGGCCAGAUUUGGGCGGCUGUUUUUUAGCCUGGAGAUGUCCAUUUAUUUAAUAAAGCGAAGAAACUUGAACAAAAUAUGUCCAUUGUUCUGCAACAACUUGAAUACCAGCAACUUACUAUAUUAAAGGUUCACAGAAUGAGGAACGUUCUGUGUCUUCCUGUGCUUGACAACUCUUGUGUGUGUUAAGAGAGCCUCUUUCAAAUUAGAGCUAGGCCAGUGACCAAGAAAUCGGCACUCAUUCAGACACCGCAACCCUCUAGCUCUCUUUAGAUUCAGGCAAGAAUAGCCUUUUUGCAUCCUGUAGGGGUGUCACCUUCAUCUGUUCUGUUUGGGUUCUCCCCCUUCCUCGCCCCCAAGUGUUUUGGACCUUUCUUGUAUAAAACUUCUCCACAGAAGGCAAAUUCUUUCCACAGAGCACUGCAGUCCAUAGCCGUUAUAAGCUCUGCCAUCAGCAAGUACUGUACUUAAGUAAGAAAUGCCAUCCAAAUCAUCUAAUGUAGCAUCUAAGGGGGGAAAAUAAAAGCAUGAGCGUGUGGAGUUUCAUUCCAUAAUAGAAGUAUUGGAACCAUCCCCACAUCUGUAUAUGUGUGAAAACCCUUCGCAUCCCUCAUACUGCAAGGUUCAGAUUUGCCAUCAAAAAAGACCUCUUAACUUUUUUUUUCUUUUGUAUUUUGAUAAAACACUGAAGAAGCUGGAGCUGUUUAAACUUUAACUUGAGGAACUAUCAGAACUGGUUUGUUUAGUGUCGUGGAAAAUCUUAUUUGCUUUCAAUACACAGUAAUCGACUGUUUUGUAUACUUGUUUUCAGUUUUCAUUUCGACAAACAAGCACUGUAAUUAAAAGCUAUUAGAAUAAAAAUCUCUUAACUAUUU